AUAACUUAAAACUGUUUUGUAUGUACAGAAAAUCAUCAUUUCUUUAUUGCUGGGGAGGCUUUUAGAUUCAUUUCAAUAAUGUUUCCUGUUUCAAAGUAAAUAAAACUAGGUAUUUUCCCUGUUUUAAAACACCAAGAUUUUCAAUAAUCAUUCUUCAAACAAGUGGAAAUUUGAGGUGGGCAGACAAAUCGCUAUCAAACAGGAGAUCUAAGAAAGAAAGAAAAAUCUUUAUUUGGCGCAAAUGGUGAUCUAGAAGCAGAAACAGAAAAAUGAACUGGGGCGCAAUAGGAUCUAUGUUAUUGCCUAAUGUUGGAGGCUGGGCCGGAGCCGCCACCAUGGCAGGUCAGGUCAGGAGGCCUGAUGGGAAGGCCUGGUACCAGAUAAUAAAGAAGCCAAGUUGGAACCCACCAAAUUGGGUGUUUGGGCCUACUUGGACGGCGUUAUAUACGUCAAUGGGAUAUGCGUCUUAUAUGGUGUAUAAAGAAUGUGGCGGCAUUACUGACGAAGCAGUGCUACCUCUAGCCUUAUAUGGAGGUCAACUGGUGUUCAACUGGACGUGGACUCCUAUAUUCUUCAGGUUCCAUAAGUUGGGAUUGGCCUUCAUCCACAUAGUCGCCCUGGACGUAGCCGCGGCAGCAUGUACAGUCAGCUUCUUCUUCGUCAACAAGAGAACUAUUUACUUCAUGGCACCGUAUUUAGCUUGGUUAUCGUUCGCGUCGUAUCUGAACUAUGUAAUUUGGAAACUAAAUCCGGAGUAUAAUUCUAAAGAUAAUUAAAAACUAUGCUUAAAUUGUAAAAGAAAUGGUCGUUCUGCAGAAAUAUGUACGCGGACACGGAAUUAUCGGGAUCACUGUUAGCUCUGUCUACCCGGCAAGUGGUAAUAAACGUGACUAUAUGUAUAUAUUUGCAGAACGAAACUACAUAAUAUGUUGAUAGAUAAGCCUUUUCUAUAAAU